AGCUUUUGUUUUUCCUCUCUUUUUGUUCUGUUGGCGAAAUAAUGGCUCGGACCAAGCAGACUGCCCGUAAGUCCACAGGUGGGAAAGCACCCCGGAAGCAGCUAGCUACUAAGGCUGCCCGCAAGAGCGCUCCAGCCACCGGCGGCGUAAAGAAGCCUCACCGCUACCGCCCUGGCACGGUGGCUUUGCGGGAGAUCCGACGGUACCAGAAAUCCACUGAGUUGCUUAUCCGCAAGCUGCCUUUCCAGCGCUUGGUGCGCGAGAUCGCCCAAGAUUUCAAGACAGACUUGCGCUUCCAAAGCUCUGCUGUCAUGGCCCUGCAGGAGGCCAGCGAAGCUUACCUGGUGGGGCUCUUUGAAGACACCAACCUCUGCGCCAUCCACGCCAAGCGCGUCACCAUCAUGCCCAAAGAUAUACAGCUCGCCAGGCGCAUCCGUGGGGAAAGGGCUUAACUUAGCUUCUGCUUCCCCGCCUUUCCCCCUGAUCUCCUAUAAUUGCCCAAAGGCUCUUUUAAGGGCCGCCACAUUUUCCCCUGAAGAGCUGGAACUCGCUUCUGUUUCUAAUAAACCAAAGGGAAAUAGCAGAAUUUCGGAACAAGGAAGGGGCUGGCUUGUGCAGCCGUGGCAAGCUGAGCAGGCCCUAGCCAGCUGGGGAGGACUAGCCUCAGAGGGAGGCAAUGGUAACCCCCC